CCCAGUGGAAAAAAAUAUCAAAGGAACUAAAUAUACUGUAACACCGGUAAACGCGAUGGCGGCAACCGGCAUUCAGACACAAACAUAUCACGUCAUACACUGCCUAUUACAAAAUGAACAAGAUAUUAAUAUGUUGGAGACUGAUGGUCCUGAAGAUGAGAACUCAUUUGACCCUGUAAAAAUAGCAUCUAAACUCAGGGAACUGGGUGACGAUUAUGAUGAGAAAGUGAUCCAGCCACUGAUGAAGAAUGUACAGAGAGCUGCAGCUGAUCAGGUGGUGACUGUGUUCAGUGAUAGCGUGGACAGUCUGUGUAAGAUGUGGGCUGUGGAAAGAGCAGAAGUGGCCUCAGAGAAGCAGCUCCUCAAGGCUGCCAUCACACUGGGACUCUUUAUGAAGAAAAACUGCCCUGCCAUGACGAAUGUAGUUGAGGUCGCUAUGAUGGGAUUCGUCAACAAUCGUCUAACAAACUGGAUUUCAGAGCAAGGGGGCUGGGUCUCUGUCUCUAAGAACAGCAUGUGUUGAGUUUGGAGCCCGUUCUCUGAAAGACGCUCAAUCAUUUCUCUAAAGUUUGAUUUGUAAUCCAGGAUAAACUUUAAAUGGUGCUCUUUCAGACAAUCACAGGCAGAAAAAGGUCUGUUAUUUUUUUUAUUAAUUAAACUCAUAUACAGAUAUUUGUUUGAAUGUUUCAGUAGAUGCAAGGAUUCUCAACCAACAAUGUUUUUUUAAAUAAUAGACUUGUGUGUCUUAUGAUGUAGUCAGAUUCUCUAGUCACAUUUCUUUACAUCACUGAUGUAACUCACAAGUCUGUGUAUGUGGAGUAAAACUGGAAUGUUAUUUUAAAUCCUUUGAAAAUGAAGCACUUUGAACAAAUGUAUCAGUCUCAUAGGAACAUGUGUGUUGUAAUAAACAUUAGUAAAAUGUUAAAA